UCAGCAAAUUCCAUUGAGGCCUCUGCUGUCACUGUGUUUCUGCCUGCUGGAAGCUGCUGGGCUGUGCAGCCAUUGUGUGGGGAGGCUUAAGGGAUUUGGGGGGCCACGAGGCAGAGACACCAGCAACCUGGCUCGGCUCAGUCUCUGCAGAGGGGCUUCAGCAGAAGGAGGGCUCAGAACAAACUCUGCCACUCAGGUCACCAUGUACAGCUUCAUGGGUGGCGGUCUCUUCUGUGCCUGGGUGGGGACCAUCCUGUUGGUGGUAGCCACAGCAACGGACCACUGGAUGCAGUACCGGCUGUCGGGGUCCUUCGCACACCAGGGCCUGUGGCGUUACUGCCUGGGUAGCAAGUGCUUCCUGCAGACCGAGAGCAUUGCAUACUGGAAUGCCACCCGGGCUUUCAUGAUCCUGUCUGCCCUGUGUGCCACCUCGGGCAUCAUCAUGGGCGUCCUAGCCUUCGCACAGCAGUCCACCCUCACUCGCCUCUCCAGGCCCUUCUCCGCCGGCAUCAUGUUUUUUGCCUCCACUCUUUUUGUACUGUUGGCCUUGGCCAUUUACACUGGAGUCACCGUCAGCUUCCUGGGCCGCCGUUUUGGGGACUGGCGCUUUUCAUGGUCUUACAUCCUGGGCUGGGUGGCCCUGCUCAUGACCUUCUUUGCAGGGAUUUUCUACAUGUGUGCCUACCGGAUGCAUGAGUGCCGGCGCCUAUCCACCCCACGCUGAGACCUGGGGUAAACCUUGCAGCUGGAAGUUACCACGAGGGCACUGAAGAGGAAGGGGAGGA